AUGGAUUAUGAAGACAAUCAAAAACUUGUGAUAUUCGAUGAUUAUGUUUGUGAUAAAAACCAGAGUCAACUGAUUGAUUAUUUUAUUCAAGGACGACAUAAGAAUUGCUCGGUUGUGUACCUCAGUCAAUCGUUUUACAAAACACCAAAGGACAUUCGGUUGAAUUGUUCUCAUUACUGUUUAUACGAAUUUCCAUCAUCUAGGGAAGCCAACAGAAUAUCAUCUGAGUUGGGAGUUAGUAAAGAAGAUUACCACGCAGCAACUAAAAAACCAUAUUCAUUUCUAUAUGUUGAUAAACCAAGAAAACGUAUUGCAAAAAACUUUACUGGUAAUCUAGUCUAAUAAUAAAAAUGGGAAUAUUUAAUGAACAAUCUCUUGGUCAUCCCUUUGCUAAGGGAAUUCAAGGUGCUCCAGGAGUUGGAUUUAAUCUCACUUCAAGUGGUGAUUAUGAUAUGAUAAAUAAAAAACUAAGAAAUGUAGGAGCAGCUAGUGCUAAUACUGAUGCUGCUACAAAAAAGUAUGUUGAUGAUAAUUCCAGUAGAUCGCUUUCAACAUCACAACUAACAGUUGAUUCAAACAUUGAUAUGAAAGAUACAUACCGAAUUACAAAUCUUAUCUCACCACUGGAUUCUAAAGAUCCAGCAACAAAAUAUUACGUAGACAACACAUUUCUUGACAGAGAUGGAUCUUACCCAAUGAAAGGAAAUCUAAAUAUGGACAACAAUCGAAUAUUUAAUCUACCAGCUCCAAAUGGUAGUAAUCAACCAACACCAUUAGCUUUCACAGAUUUGAAGUAUCUUCACGUUAAUGGAACAAAUAAAAUGACUAAUAAUCUAAACAUGGAUAAUAAAAAAAUAAUUAACCUUAGACCACCAACAUCAGACACUGAUGCGACAAACAAAAAGUAUGUGGAUGACUCAAUACCUAAUACUAGUUCUUUUAUAAAAAAAGAUGGAAGUGUUGUAAUGACUGGUAACCUAAAUCUUGGAAACAAAAAAAUAGUUGGUCUCGCAACUCCAACAUCAAAUACAGAUGCUGCAACCAAAAAGUAUGUGGAUGAUAAUGCUGGAAGUCCAGAUUUAAGUGAUUACUUGGAAAAAGAUGGUUCAGUCACUAUGACUGGUAACCUUAAUCUCGGUAAUAAUAAAAUAGUUAACCUCAAUGACCCCACCACAGAUCAAGAAGCUGCUAAUCGUGGAUGGGUUCGUAAACAAAUAGAAAGGUUUGAUCAUCAUUCUGGAGAUGCCUCAAGUAGUGUAUUUACCAUAACAGAUCCAGAAGCGCCAACAACUUUGUAUCUACAGUUUGUCUCAGGUUCAUCAUUUGAUGAUUUUGUUUUUACAACAUCAGCACCUGGUCAACCUCUUGUGGGGUGGAAACCAUCUGCUAACACAUAUAUUAACAAAAUAGAAUUUCAGUUUGGUUCUCGAAAUAUAAAUGUUGACUUUCUUUGGUUUAUUCCCAGAGACAGUAGUAAGUCCAAUUCUAAUUUUUGGGUAAGUGGAAAUCGAACUGGCACUUGGUCAUUAAAUAUACACAAGUCUUGGAAUUAUAAUAUGUCAGGAGUAAAACUAAGAACCCAUAACAAUUCCAAUCACACAGCUAUCACUUGUCGUUUAUUCACUGAUCUACCAAAAGCAAUAACCAAACCACUUAAGAGAAUAGAAAUCAACACACCUAAAAUUGUAAUAAGUGGGGUUGUAAAAGCUGAUGUCAACCUUGGUGGUAAUAAAAUAGAGAAUCUGGGUGUACCAACCCAAGACAAUGAGGCAGCAACCAAAAGUUAUGUUGACAAUCUAGUUCAUCAUACUGCAGUUCAACCAAGUCAUUAUAAAGAUGAAUUUAGUUACCUCAUGUCAAGUGCGGCUCAAUGGACUGAUGAAAUGGAUAGUGGAUUUAGUUUUUAUAUAUAUAAGUUAGGAGACUUAUCUCCUUCUAAAGGUAAUUUUCAUGACUAUAACCACAAAGUUAUUUACAUGACUAUAGUCAAAAAUUCUGAAGGUAAAUAUAAGUAUAAGAUGGGAAUUAAUUUUUUCAGACUAGAUCCAAAUACUGAUUACACACUAUGUUUGGAAAUACUCAACACUGAUUAUAAUCUUUGGAAUAAUACACAAAUAAGUGUUGACAAAGGAACUUCAACAGGAUUAUCAAUUGGAAAUUUAAGUGUAAAAAAACUAUCCCAUAAGUAUACUGAUUCAAAAAGGAAAACACAAACUAUGUACUACCACAGAAUAAUAGUUAAUUUCCGGAAGUUGUCAUCUGGGAAUAAGUUCUUUCUUCACAUUUUGGUUGAUAUUCUUCGGGGUGGAUAUAACCUGGCUACGUAUCCGAAUCAGUUUUCAGGGGUUUAUAUGAUUGCUUAUGGUCUUAAGGGUACAUUUAGCAAUAUCGAUUCAGAUAAAGUUUACGACUAUCACACCGCAUUUGAUAUUAAACCAACAGAAGUGAAGUACAAUGUUGAUAUUAAUGCAAAUUUUCAUUUAAUUAAAAAUAUCAACUUUGACCGAAACAAUGAUCUUAGUGCUGCACCAGUUUUACUAGUAAAAGAAUUAGCUCCUUUUACUAAAAAUGCUUUGUACAGAUUAUACUUUUUUAGUGUCUAUGACUUUGCUGAUGCGGAUAGUUACGGAAUAAAUAUAGGUUCAUCUGGAGUUAUUAUUAAUUCGGUAAAUACCUAUAUUACACUACCUCCUAAUAAAGACUUAAGUAAUAUAAAAAAAGAUGGUUUACAUGUUAAUGGUUAUGAUGUUACUUUUUCCCCUACACGUCAUUUUUCGAAAACUACUUUAUGUAUUGUUUUUACUCAUUGGAGAAAUAGGAGUUUUACCCUAACUAAAUAUUUACCAACAAACAAUAACAUACUGUUAAAAUUAGAUUAUAAUAAAACAAACAAUAAAGUAACUUUAACUGUUAAUAAAACAACUCAAAAUUUUACCAUGCUAAGUAGUUUUGAUGGAAAAAUAAUUGUUGUAUGGUUGGCAGAAGAUUUAAGUGCAAAUGUCACAAAAGUUUCAAUAAGUAACUACAGCGCAACAUUAACUAUACCAGCUGUUAAUUACAUUGCUAAUCAACAUUGGAAGUUUACAACUGAAGAUGGAGUGUUAUUAAAAUUAAUGUACUCUCCAAAAUUUUACGACACUGACUCUGAGCAAUAUCAUAAAGUAAUGCUUCAGGAAAAGUUAAAUGGAAGUUAUAUAAUGUAA